AUGGCUCGUCGUAGGUUUGCCGCGGAAGAGGCCCUCCAGGAGGUUUUCAUGGAUCCUGACAGCGAUGUCGAGCCGUGGUCAGGGGAUGAUAGCUUCGAUUCUGGCGACGGGAGUGACGAGGAGUCGCUCCCGGAUCUCGUAUCGAUACCUGGUUCGCCUGACGAUAUUGGUGUGACGCACGGCGACGAGCGCGAUCAACACGACGUAGGUGACGGCGCUGCCAGUGCCGCGAGCGGGGAGAUUGAGAGCGACGAGGACCUUUCAUGCAAGAGCCAUGUCCUUGCCACCGAGAAUCUGAGCGCCCAUGACGAUGGUUCUGAAGGUAUUUGGAAAAAAGAAGAUAACACACCUCUGCUACCUCAGUUCACUGGCACACCUGGCAUGCAAGUGGAAAUGCCUGACGAUGCGACUCCAUACGAGUAUGUGCGCUUGUACUUCACCGAUGCUAUGUGGAGUCUACUUGUUGACGAGACCAAUCGCUUUGCCCGACGGUACAUAGACGCUAAUCUGGAAACCCUGGCACCGCGCGCCCUUGCUCGGAGCUGGAAGCCGGUGACCAUGUCCGAAAUGAAGAUCUUCCUGGCGCUCUAUCUGACGACAGGCAUUCUCUGGAAGCCAGCACUGGACCAGUACUGGAGUAAGGAUGCACUGAUUUCCACGCCAUCGUUCUCGGCUGCCAUGAAGCGGGACAGAUUCAUGAGUAUCCUCAUGUUUCUGCAUUUCUCGGACAACGCUGCACCGGACGAAGCUGACAAGCUACGGAAAAUUCGCCGCCUGUUAGAUCUGUUUAUCGAUCGUUUUCAGGCAGUGUACACGCCACGCAAAACCAUCUGCAUCGACGAGGAAUUGGUGGCGUGGAAGGGCCGACUGAGCUUUCGCCAAUUUAUUCCAUCUAAGCGUGCUCGAUUUGGUAUCAAGAUUUUUGCCCUGUGCGAGGAUUCUGGAUAUAUGUAUAACUUCAUUGUGUACGUCGGCAAAGAUAAUGUCAAUCUCAGCCCGGACAUGGUGAAGCAGCUGGGAGCAUCGGGCGCUGUCGUCGCGAAGCUGAUGAUUCCACUUGAGAAUCAGGGACACCACCUGUAUGUGGACAAUUGGUAUUCCAGCCUGCCACUCGCCAAGUACCUCAGUCAGCACCAGACCGGUGUAUGCGGCACCAUCCGCAAAAACCGGGUUGGUUUGCCGAAGCGACUGACUGGCUAUAAGCAGCUGAAGAAAUCAGAAUACACUUACCGUAGCUCGCAAGGAGCGCUUGUCGUAAAGCUUCAGGACACAAAGGAAGUCAUGUUCCUCUCCACUUUGCACCGUGCCAAUGCUGUGCCAACUGGCAAGCGUGAUCGAGAAGGAAAGGCUGUCAAGAAGCUACAGGUAGUCCAUGACUACAACCGGUACAUGGGGUGGUGUGGACCGGAACGACGCCAUGCUCUCAAACUACACUGCUGCACGCAAAUCCACCAAGUGGUACAAAAAGCUCGGCACACAUAUCCUGGAGGAAGGGCUACUGAACGCGUUCAUCUUGUACCAGAAAGCUGGCGGCAAGCGAAAACACUAUGA